CUCGCGAGAUUGUAGAUAUGGCUGCGCCUAUGCAGAUUUUGCGGUCGUCCAUGCGACUUUCGUCGUAUCGAUGUUUAUGCAAAAGCAGAUGGAAUCGGAAGGCGGCUGCAGUUACGAUACCGUCUCGAAAUCUUAAUCUACAAGAAUACCAGAGUAAAAAGUUGAUGGAAGAUGGCGGUGUGUCUGUACAAAAAUUUGUAAUGGCCAGUAGUCCAGACGAAGCUAAAACUGCUGCGGAAAGACUAACGGUGGAUGAAUAUGUAAUUAAAGCUCAAAUUCUGGCGGGUGGAAGAGGCAAGGGGACAUUUUCUAACGGCUUCAAGGGAGGCGUGCAUUUAACGAAAGAUCCAUCCAAAGUAGAAGGGAUUGUUGAAAACAUGCUUGGUAACAAACUGACAACGAAACAGACUUCAGCUGAUGGGGUCAAGGUCAACCAGGUGAUGGUGGCAGAAGCUCUAGACAUUGCUAAAGAAACCUAUUUCGCCAUUGUGAUGGAUCGAGGGUACAACGGCCCGGUCAUGGUUGGCAGUAAACAUGGAGGUGUGGACAUCGAGGAAACAGCAGAAAAAGAUCCAGACUCAAUUAUCAAAGAGGCUGUGGACAUUGUGACGGGUAUAACUGAGGAGCAGGCUCUAAGGAUGGCAGAAAAACUAGACUUUACAGGAGAGCAUCUACAACAGGCAGCCACACAGAUCACACGUCUGUACAACCUGUUUGUCAAGGUGGACGCCACACAGCUAGAGAUCAAUCCAUUUGGAGAGACACCAGAUGGACGAGUGGUUUGCUUUGAUGCCAAGUUGAAUUUUGACGACAAUGCAGAAUUCCGGCAAAAGGAAAUAUUUGAAAUGGAGGACACAAGUGAAACAGACCCACGAGAGAUAGAGGCCAGCAGACUCAAGUUAAACUAUAUUGGACUGGAGGGCAGCAUCGGAUGUUUAGUGAACGGAGCAGGUCUUGCCAUGGCAACUAUGGACAUUAUCAAACUUCACGGAGGAGAACCAGCCAACUUUUUGGAUGUGGGAGGCGGUGUAUCAGAACAGCAAGUUUACGAUGCAUUCCAGCUCCUUACUGCAGAUUCACAUGUCAAGGGAAUUCUUGUCAAUGUGUUUGGUGGCAUCGUAAACUGUGCCACCGUAGCUACUGGUAUCCUCAAGGCCUGUCAGAGGAUCGACCUUAAGCUCCCCCUGGUGGUACGACUAGAAGGACAAAAUGUAGAAGCAGGAAGAAAAAUCUUAGAAGAAAGUAACCUCCCUAUAAAGGCAGCUUUUGGAUUUGAGGAAGCAGCAAAGCUAGCAGUAGCCAGUGUAAAGUAGAUUGUGCUACACCAGUGUCGGCCAGUUUUGGUCUACAGCCUUGCCAUUUAGUUGAGGCUGUCUUUUUUCACUUCAAAAGUUCAUAAAACAGGCCAAUUUAAAUCAGAAUAAAAAAAUUGAAAUUUUGGGGAGAUCCGAAACAAAGAAUUUAUUUAUUUAUUCGGUAUCCUGUGAAAAUUUUGCAUCCAAGCAUGAUAGACAGUACUAUGUAAAGUUAAAUUUUGAAAUACACAUGUGCUAACAUAUCUAUUUUAACUGCCUUUUCUAGAGAAUUUUGUGACAAUGAGGAACCAGUGUUUUUUUGGUUUUUUUAAUGUUUAUAUGGUUUGAACCAUUACCGCCCUGGUAGCAUUCUGGAGUCGAAUUAAACAUUUUGCAUACUUAACUACUCGUAGGUACGGUGGUGGCCAUGUUAAGAAUACAAUGCAAGUUUUAGGAAGGUAGCGAUGUUAAGUAAAUAUGUGGGAAACGUAAUAUUGCAGAAAUGCAUCAGGGCGACACAGUAAACCGUACAUUUUAGCGUCAUUCUAAUUUAGUGCUUUUGGAGCUAAUUUGUAAACUCUAAAUGAGGUUCAUCACUGUCAUUAUAAAUCACUGUUUCCUAGUAUUAUAGAUAUCCGUAGUGUUAAAUCAUGAUUUUAAAAAUUGUUGAUGAUUGCUGAAACAUGAGUUCACAAAUAUAUAUGUAUUUAAUAUAGAAGUGUACCUAUUUUUUAUAAAGUUAAUAUUGUGAUGAAGUGAAAUUAUCAGAUUUUCACAGAAAAGAUGAUCCCCUAUUCCAACCAGCUGAUAAGGAAAUACCAAUGUUUUCAUUAGAAAAUUGCAUCAAACGCUAAUACGAAGGAAGUGACAUGUCAUACCUCUAAUUAUGUUAUCGGAACAUACUUAAUUAUAUUGGCAUUAAGAUUAUUAAUGUAAUCAAUGUCUAGUCGUUCAUACCUCAGCGUCAGUCUAUUGGUCAUUAUUUCCCAUAAUUAAUUUUACUUUGUCUAUGUUGUUGCAUAGACAAGAAAAUCAUGUUAUUUGGUUGAUGCUCAGAUAUUCUGUGAUAUUUCUGGUAUCAAAUGUUGUGUUUUUAUCACAAUUUUAAAUCAUGCCUAGUUAUAGGUAAUAUAAAACCAGAUUUUAUUUUGUUUCCCUGAGAAAAAAGCAUGUACUAUGUUUUGUUGCAAAUGCAUAUCUGUGUUAAUCAUCCAAUGAUAUCAGGAAAGAGUGACAUCAUGAGUGACAACAUAUGUUCGAUGUUGACAUUUCACUCGUACGUAUAUCAUUUCUAGCUAUUUUAUGUGGAAAACAUUGACAAAUAAAGCAAUGGAGAAUGGCUAUAAACAAAAACGAUAUUCAUGAAUUAUAUAUACCCGUUCACUGAUGGUAUCAAUAAAUUGAAAUAAUGAUAAUUAAUUUUCAAA